GUUGUACCCAAGACAAAUGUUCUCCCGUGACCUUGUCUGGGUGAUUAGGUGUACCUUGACACCCGCGUACGACAAAUCUUGAAAUAUUUGACUAUAACUAUCGCUACCUUGCGAGUCUGGAAAGAUGCCAUACAGUUGGCCGACUUGCCAAGUAGCAACACUUACUGUACAGCCCUCCACAGCCCACCUCCUUCUGGGAGUACUCAAUGAGCCACUAGGGAUGACAACUACGGACACCCUACCCAGAGUGAGAGUGUGUGUGCUGAACACCUGGUGGUCAUGAACCCCGCCCAGCAGCAGCGGCUGUAUCAGACAGACCAGCAGGGCUUCCUCAAGAAACUGGUGACCAAUGUGGUCCUGGGGCGGGACAAGGAGGAAGAGGCCAUGGCACAGCUGGAUGUCCUCCAGAGGACGGGACGGGAGGGGUCGGAGCUGCUGGCCGCACACCGGGACAAGGACGAGACCCUGCUCAACCUGGCCGCCAAGUUCCAUGAGGACGUCACGGUCAUGAAGAAGAUCAUUGAGGUGUGUCCCGGCCUUCUCUUGGUGUCAAGGACAGGGGAAUAUGAAGGGCAGACAACUCUCCACAUUGUCAUCAGCAAGUGUAACUACGCUGCUGUGAAGAUGCUGCUGAAGGCAGGUGUGGUGAAGAGGUUCAAGGACCAGGUGCUUCGGAUGCUGGCCACAGGGUCCCGCUUCACCAACACGGUGAUGAUGGGGGAGCUGCCCCUCUCAGUGGCAGCUCUCACACUGGACACACACAUUCUGGAACUCAUGUUCAAGUAUGGAACAUCAGACAUGGUAUCUUUUCAAAACAGUUAUGGUGACACUGUGUUCCACUCCUUGAUCAAAUAUGCAUGUCUGCACCCAGACAAGACCAAUGCUGUGAUAGAAAUGUGCCACGGGAUCAAUAAACGGCUCGGUGAGAGACCGACAGAGGAGGUCCUGACUACUGGCGCCAGUGUCCAUCUUGCACACAAGGACCCAAUGACAGUCUGGUUCCUGCCUAACUACAGCAACCAGACGCCCAUGCAACUUGCCGCCUCGCUGGAGCAAGUGGACAUCUUCAGGUUCAUCCUCAACAUUGAAGGUGUCUACUGUCAGCUGGACAGACAUGACGGGCUGUUUGAUGUUCAUCUGUAUGACAUUACUGAAAUUGACACAGUUUCCCUGACAAACUGGCAGCGAAAAAACAACAUCAAGAUGAAACAAUCUCAGGCACAUCAGAAGAACAAAGUAUCAAGUAUUGACACUCCCUUGACAAAUAUCAACCAAAACAACACCCGAUACAACAAACCUGGCGCCAACCCCUUGAAACAGACAUACAAACCCAUCCUGGAAACAAUUUGUGAAAUUGAUGUUCAACAAGCAUUUGAGGUGCUGAAUCUGAAGGUUAUGCGGACAAUAAUCAGAGCUAAAUGGUCCAGAUAUCGUUGGGUAUAUUUGACUUGGGCCAUUCUCCAUAUCAUCUACAUAUUGAUCUUGACUUGGUAUGCUGUGGUGAAAACAGAAAUAUUAAAUCAGCAGCUUCCUAGAAGUACCACAGCCAACACCACAGGCCAAGGCAACAUGUCACUGUUCCACUGUGUGUAUACAUGUGUGCAACACACCAUAAACUCAGAGCCACAACAAUCUCAAACCAUCCCCCUAUCAUCCCCAAGUCUAAACAAAGAGUACAACACCACAUUAUUUGUUCUGGUAAUCACCAUUCUAAAUAUUGUUAUAGCAGUACUGAUCAUUCUGUUUGAGAUAAGACGCAGAAUAUUCCAAGGCUAUAAGUUCCAUUUGAAGAAGAUUCAUCACAACGGGACCUAUCGUGUACUGUUGUGUGUGUUCUCAGUCAGUCUCCUCGUUGAUUCACUCUGGUACUUGUUCUCCCCCACCAACAACUACCUCCUCAUCUUGGCGCUGCUGCUGGGGUGGUGGUUCCUCACGUUCUUCCUCCGAGCCCUGAAGAAGUUCAGCUUCUUUACUGUCAUGAUCCAGAAAGUCCUGCAAGGGGAUGCUGUCAGGUUUGCUGUGAUAAUUAUCUUGGAAUUUGUCUCUUUCACAGUGGCCCUCUACAUCACCUUUCUAUCAACCCAACCUGAAGGUUUCCGCUCCCUAGGGGAAACGUUCCUCACACUAUUUAAUCUGAUGCUAGGACUGACGGAACUGAACAUCCUCACCCAGGCGAGAGACCCCUGGCUGGCUAUAACACUGUUCAUCCUCUUUGUACUUCUCACCUAUGUCCUCAUGCUCAACGCUCUCAUUGCCAUGAUGUCGCAGACCUGUGCCAUGGUUUCUGAGAACAAGCUUGCCCAAGGAGAGCUUCAACGGUUAUCCAUUAUUCUGUUCCUAGAGAACAUCAUGCCCCACAGGUUGAAGGUCUGCUGUGGAACUUGUAAGAAGGUCAAACAUUUUGAUGUGGGCCAGAAGACGACCAUUGAGGAGGACCGCUACUUCCUGGAGAUGGACUCCUUGCAGACCAACUACUCCAAAGGCUCUUCCAUUAUGAAGAGGAAGCAGAUGGUGCAAACUUUAAAAUUUGACAACACAUCCUCAGAUGUGCAGAGAUAUUUACAAAUGUUGCCCCAGGCCAAAUCCAGGAAAUACCCAGAACAUACGAUCAAACCCAUCAAGGAAAAGAAACAAAGGUCACAGAAUUUGAUAGAAGUCCCCAAACCUCAGGACGGAGGUUUGUCUCCAGUCUCAAGAGGUAGACCUUCACUGCUAUCAAGGUCUUCCUUUAAAAGGAAGGGCAGAGAUGUUGUUGAUGCAAGUCCUUCAGAUGAAUUGAAGCAUCAGAUACGUUUUGGUGGUGUGUCUGACACGAGAGACACAUCUCCUGUGGGGAUGGGCCAGGAGAGGGAUGACCCACCAUCCAAAGACCAGACAGAUGGCUUGCAUGUGUCACUGGAGUAUAGGCCUGACAUAGCCAAUGUUGAAAUAUGAUUGUGUGGCUUCAUCCCAUGGCCAGUGCUAGGAGAUGUUGGGUAGAAUUCACUCAACACUUCCCCUACCCAAGUAUCAAACAUUAAGUAUAGGUUAGUCCAUAAGGAGGUCUUUUUUUCAUUUAUUGUUAUAUUUAUAGCUGUUUUGAAACUGUUGAUGUGCUACACAAUAUAGAUGGUUUGUUAUUGUCUAGGAUUUCAAUGUUGGAUAGUGCACACCCAUGCAUAAAGGAUUCAUUAUUUUGGCAAAAAAAGAUUUUGCCAGUAUUACAUGCAGGAAAAGAGUACAUCUUAGCCUCUCAGAGAAAAGAGUGAAAUGAACAGUUGAUAACAACCUCGGUCAAUAAAAAAUUGAAAUUUGAGAAAAAACAUCACUUGGCACGAUGAUUUAUCAUUUAAAUUUUACUUCCUGUUGUGUAUUUUCUUGCAACCUAAGCUGGAAAUAGCAAUCAGCAGUACACUUGUUUUCUCCCAAUCUACUGAUGAUUGGGUUAAUAAAGAAACAAAACUAUAA